AUGAGUGAUCCCAUUGCUACAACAGACGAAGAGUCCAAUAGAGUAUCGCUUCAGGUGACAUCGUUAUCUACACAACUUAUGGAAUUGGUUGAGAAGCAAUCCAAAUUAGAAGAACAACUAUUACAUCAAAAGAAGGAGAAUGCUGCUUUGAAGAAAGGAAAUCAAGAGUUGGUAUCUAUACAGGAAAGUUAUAAAUCUUUACAAACUGAACAUGAACAACUUUUAAAUUCAAAUCAAUCAAUUGGUAAAAAAUUAGAAUCUGAAACAAAUGAGAAAUUAAAAGCUAAAGAUGAAGUUUCUAAACUUCAAUCUGAAGUAGAGGAACUUUCUGCCUCGUUAUUUGAUGAAGCUAAUAAAAUGGUUUCCACUGCUAGAAAAGAAGCUCAUGAUAUACAAUUAAGAAAUGAUCGUUUGAUUUCGGAAUUAAAAGAUAAAGAUUUACUCUUGGAUAAUUUACAAUCUCAAUUAAAAGAAUUGAAAAAUGUUAUUCAUGAACGUGAUGAUGAUUCUACAAAUAAUUCCAUUAGAAAUUCUUAUAUUGAUAAUAAUAAUAAUCAUAAUAAAUCAUCUUCAAAUCUUGAUCUGUCAAAUUCUUCAAUUAAUCCACAAGUUAUUUAUGCACCAAUUAUAAAUUCAAUAAGGUUUGAUCUUAAAUUUUAUAAUGAAUUUAAAAAGUUCAUUUCUGAUUUGAAAUAUAUUGAACAAAUUAAAGAUACAAAUACUAAAUUUUUGAAAAAAUUAGUUACUGAUGAUGUUGAGCCUGCUUUAAGAAUAGAUUCAGCUGCUGGGAUUGGUUGGUAUAGUAAACGUACAUUAAUGACUGCUUUUAUUGAAGGUAGAGUUGUUAUUGAACCAGUUUCUGGUAUAAAUGAAACUUAUAGAAUUAAUUUCCAAAGUAAUAAGAUUAAUGAAUCGGAUGUUAAAUCAAAUUUAUAUACAUAUCCUGCUCAUAGCCCUCCAGUGGCAAUUGAACAUCCUUGUGCUAUUUGUUCUGAAAUGAGAAAUGAUAUAUUGGAACAUUCAAGAUUAUAUACUUUAAAAGUCCAUGCUCCAAAGAGUAAAGAUGAUUUAAAUUCUUCAAGAACUGCAUCACCUUCACCUUCAUCACCAGUUAUUGCUCAUCAAUAUGCAUUAUGUUCAUAUUGUUUAUUUAAAGUUAGAAGCGCUUGUGAAUUAUUUGCAUUUUUACGUUCUUUGAAAAAUAAUGUUUGGAAAUUAGAUGAUGAAAUUUCAAUAAGGAAAGCAUGGUUAGAAUUAACAAGAUUAAGAGCUAAAUUAUUUUGGUCAAAUGUUGGUAUUUGGGAUUUAGAAUCAAAUAUUCAACAAACAAAAAUUUAUCCAGGUAAUAAAGAUCAUAUUUAUAAAAUUCUUUCAAAUUUAGAAUCUCCAAAUUAUAAUUUAAAUUCAGCAUCAACUAAUGGAACAAGAUCAACAAGAUCUUCAAUUGAACAAAAAAAUUCAUUAAAUGACUCUUUUGGUUUACAAACACCAUCUGCAGAUUAUAAAGCUUCACCGUUAAUUCAUCAAGUUAGUGCUGAGGAUAUAUCUUCACCACCAUCACAACAACAACAAGAACCUGAAAAACAUUUUAAUGAUGAUCAAUCACCUGAACCAACUCAUCCAAUUACAUUAAAAGAACCUGCUAAAGUUUUAAGAAAACCAGCACCAACUGCAUCAAGUGAAAGAAUCAAUACUUCAACUGAAAUUCCAACAAUUAAAACAACAAACCAUGAAACUGAAAAAGAAAAAACUUCAAACCCAGAAGAAGAAGAUGAAGAUGAAGAUGAUGCUACAAAUGAUUUUUUGAAUGAUUAUUCCCAAGAUGAAGAUGAAGAAGAAUCACCAAUUAAAACACCCAAAACUGAAGGACUUUUAAUCAAGACUGAAAGACCACAAGAUUUUAUAUUAAAUUCUGAUGAAGAAGAUUCAACACCAAUAAUUCCAAAAAUUAAUGAAUUUAAUACCAAAACUCCAACUAAAGAUGAUUCAGGUUUUAGUUUUUCUCCAGAAGAUACUAAACUAUCAUUAAAUAAAACACCAGUUUUGAAAAAAGAUGAACCUAGUGAAAUAGAAUCAAGUCCAGAAAAACAAAGAAGACAAUCAAAAGAUAAUGAAACUACAGAUGAUGAAGAAUUUGUUGAUGCAUAA